CAGUCCUCAUGCUGCUGAUAUGAGAACGCUAACGGUCAGUUGUGCUCAAGGAAGUAGAGGAAGUUGUAGUGCGACAAUGUUGAAUUUACAGCUGUUAAACAUUAUUUAGUGUGACUAUGUACAGUAACAGUUAGGUCAUAUCACGAGAAGCAAUACGUCUGUAUUUUUUGUUAAUCUGAAUCCAACAGCCGGUCCGAUCUUCUAAUCGUUACGGAUCAUUUCAUUGUGCGCUCGCGAUACGCAUGCAUUUAAUACCAUUGCGUAUAUUCAAUUGCAGCGGUUCACGUUCGGUUCUCUCACUCUCCUUAAGGAUAGUUAGGUCACUUGUAGGCAAUAGCAUGCAUUCAAGCCAGAUGGCGAAGUGUAUGGUUGAUGGAGAUGCAGAUUUGGGUAAAUGCGUGAAAGAUUACCCGGUCUCGGAUAACCAUGUGGAAGUACCGGUCUGCGGAGAUUCACUGAUGGUGACCGACGAGAGGCAUACGAGAGUGGGCAGUCCCCGCGGAGCAAACGGGGAUGAUGACUCGGAAGCCGAGUCCUAUCAGGACGGACGUAGCGUGGAUGUGGACCCGGAAACAAGGAGAAGGGCUUUUAACUGGUGCCGUGACUUUCUGUCCGGGUCAUGGAGAACUAUUUCAGAACAUGACUUCAAAAUCAACAUAGUCAGUGGAGGUCUAAGUAACCUGCUGUACAUGUGCAGUCUACCCAACCAUGUUCAGCCCGUCGGGGUUGAACCUCGAAGAGUUCUGCUGCGAAUCUAUGGGGCCAUUCUUCAGGGAGUUGAUUCUCUUGUUUUGGAAAGCGUGAUGUUUGCCAUUUUAGCCGAGAGAGAGUUGGGUCCACGUCUCUAUGGCAUUUUUCCAGAGGGCCGUCUAGAGCAGUACUUGCCAAGUAUUCGCUUGAGUACAGAGCAGUUGGGGAACCCUGACAUUUCGGCUGAAAUAGCCAGUAAGGUGGCACGAUUCCACGCCAUGGAGAUGCCGUUUAAUAAGGAACCGAAAUGGCUAUUUGGAAACAUUGACCGGUACAUGGAACAAGUUUUGACAAUAAAAUUUGUUCGUGAAGCACACAUCAAAAAAUUCAACAAGCUGAUGAAAUAUGACCUUCCAGCAGAACUGGAGAGUCUGAGGUCACUGCUGGCUGCAACUCCUUCACCAGUAGUGUUCUGCCAUAACGAUGUACAAGAAGGAAAUAUCCUUAUGUUGGAUGGCAGAGAAAAUUCAUCCGACAAACUAAUGCUUAUUGAUUUUGAAUACAGCAGCUAUAACUACAGGGGGUUUGACUUUGGGAACCAUUUCUGUGAAUGGAUUUAUGACUACACCCAUGACCAGUGGCCAUUCUUCAAGGCAAAGGUGGAAAAUUACCCCAACAGAGAACAGCAGUUACAUUUUAUCAGACACUAUCUGUCAGAAAGAGGAAUCGUAGCUCCUGAAGAUCAAGCCAGGUUAGAAGAUGAGAUGAUCAUUGAGGCAAACCGGUUUGCCCUUGCGUCUCAUUUCCUCUGGGGUUUGUGGUCCAUUAUACAAGCCAAGAUCUCCAAAAUCGAGUUUGGAUACAUGGAUUAUGCACAGCACAGGUUUAGCACAUACUUCAAACAGAAGAAACUCGUUUCUUAAGCUCUUCAUCACUUCUAAAGCUCAUACUGUACUUCACAUGAGCAGCAUCCCUCUCAAUAUCUUUUUGUUUGUUUUUCAAAAACAUUAAGAAAAUGGCACAGACUGAGGCUUUUUAAAACAGAACGGUUUAUUCUGAGGAACAUUAUAUUUAAAUAAUGAAAAUAUCCAAAGAUACCCUGCCUUAAAAUUCUGUUAUGUAAAGAAUUAUGGCUGCUUUAUGGUUGCUUGAUGUUGUGUCCCUUGCAAAAAUGAAGCAUGAAACAACUAGCAGUUAGAGAAAAUAAUGGUUAAAUAAUUAAAGUGAUAGUUUCACAAAUGAAAAUUGUCAUCAUUUACUUGACCUCAAGUUGUUACAAACCUGAACAAAUUUCUUUGAUCUCCUUAAAAUAGUUGUAAUCAAGCAGAAAACAGGACCACUAUUGACUUUCAUAGUAGGAAAGGAAAGUUGCAUUGCUCAAAAUAUAUUCCUUUGUUGUUCAGCAGAACUAAUUUUUUUUCUUCUUUUAAUUAUUUAUUUAUUAUAAAAUUAAAACUUGAGGACAAUUUUCAUUUUUGUGUGAACUGUCUCUUUAAAUAUGUUUAAUUGAUUCAUGCACCGUUCAAACGUUUUCAUGCUAAAGUCAAAUUAUCAGUCAUUUUAUUUAUAAUUAUUUAUCUUUUCAAAUUAUAUAACCGUUUACAUUUUAUCUGACCUGUGUUAUCAAUGUUAUCUUUAUUUGUGUUAUCAAAAUUAAGUCCGUCCGUCCAUCAUUAAUACUGUGUAAACCACAGGGUCCAAAUCAUAACAUUUUGCAUCCCUUUUUUAUUUCCAUACUGUGAAAAAAUGACCGAGGUGUUCUGUAAUAGAUUUACUUUGGUAAAUGGCACAUAUAUUAACUAAUUUGUUUCCAUGUGUUAAAUGGCUUUGUUUGCGUUUUUUAUAUUUGAUGGAAAGCAAAAACAUACUCCUGAUACAAACUGGAAAUGAUUUUGGAAAAUGAACCUCAAUACGUUUUAAUGUAAACCGCACAGAAUAAACAUAUUUUCAGGAGCAGAACAGAAACACAGGAAGGUGUUAUAGGAUCUAAAAUGGCAAAUAUUAAUAUUUUAUUGAUUUUGAGUAAUCAAUUGAGUUUAAAUACAUUUACAUACAUUAACAGUUAUCACACCUGUUUGUCAUACUGUAUGCUUAUAUAUAUAAUUUUUUAUGUAUUCAGAGCCUUUUCCAGACAUGAGAAAGUAUGUGUUUCUUGCAACUGUAAACAAUUUGCUUGGUUUUUAUUUUAACUGUUGUUUUAUGCUUAUUUAUAAUUUUUGUUUUGUCAAAAGCAAGAUUUUGCUUUAAUGAAGCUUUGUUGAGUACCCAUUUAAAAAACAUGAAUGUGAGAUAGUAACGUUAUAGCGUUGGUUGUUGCCGAAGUUUUCAUUUUAAUGGCCAAGGAUCUUUAUUAUUUUGACAAUGAUAUUGGGAGCAUUAGAAUUACUAUUUUUGUUUAAAUGUAUGUAUAAUUUUUACAACUUUGCAUGUUUUUCUGUUGUACUAGCGUCUCUAAAUUCAGGGGCUAAAGCACAGGGCAAGUACCAUAAGUUUUGAACUUGCGCCAUUUAAACAUAUGUCUCAAAAUUCUUGCUUGUUAAGAAUCUGUGAUUCUUAAUAUUGAUUUCAGAUGCAAUGGCACUAUUAAAACCAAUGUACUUUUAAGUUAUACUGUAAACCUGCCUCUCUGAUAUAAUACCUCUGUUUCUUCUUUUUUUGUUCAAUAAAAAGAGAAAAACAACAACU